UGACCUCCUCCCGUCUCUUUUCAAUUUCUGAGUAAUCCAGAUUUUUAUUUUUUUCUCAAUAAUCCGUCGUUUCUCGUUUUGAUUUGAAUCUGAUACAAACAAAAACACCGGUAAACACGUGAACGUCAAGUCUCCUGUUUUGUUUCCAGAACAACAAAUAGAUCCAAAAAGAGCAAAAUCAUCAUCUGACUACAAAGUGAAAAAACAAAAGGCAACAAAGUUUUUGAAUUAAGGAAUUGGAAUCACCAUGGCUCCUGGAGGCAGUGCUUUGAAAGAAGUCCUUGAAUCUACUUCAACGGGAAUGGACUACGAGGUUAAAAUUGCCAAAGUGGAAUCUAACAAUACUAGUAACAAACCUACAAAGUCAAGCAGCGCAGGUGUUGGUAAAUAUGGGAUGCAUUCAAACAAUGGUGUCUACGAGCUUCUUGAAUGUCCUGUGUGUACAAAUCUAAUGUACCCUCCAAUUCAUCAGUGUCCAAAUGGCCAUACCUUAUGUUCAAACUGCAAAGCGAGAGUACAGAACACUUGUCCUACAUGUCGUUACGAGCUUGGUAACAUAAGAUGCUUAGCUCUCGAGAAAGUUGCAGAGUCCUUGGAAGUUCCAUGCCGGUACCAGAGUUUAGGGUGUCAUGAUAUUUUCCCUUACUACAGCAAGCUUAAGCACGAGCAGCACUGCAGGUUUAGGCCUUACGCUUGUCCUUAUGCUGGCUCUGAGUGUUCGGUUACAGGGGAUAUCCCCACACUAGUUGUUCAUUUGAAAGAUGAUCAUAAAGUGGAUAUGCAUGACGGCUGCACUUUCAACCACCGUUAUGUCAAGUCAAAUCCACAUGAAGUCGAGAAUGCUACAUGGAUGCUUACGGUGUUCAACUGUUUUGGGAGACAGUUCUGUUUACACUUUGAAGCGUUCCAGCUGGGGAUGGCUCCAGUGUACAUGGCAUUCCUUCGUUUCAUGGGAGAUGAAAACGAGGCGAAGAAGUUCAGUUACAGCUUGGAAGUAGGAGCUCAUGGACGUAAACUAACAUGGCAAGGGAUCCCUAGAAGUAUCCGUGACAGUCACAGGAAAGUUAGGGACAGUCAAGACGGUCUCAUCAUCCCAAGAAACCUUGCACUCUACUUCUCUGGAGGUGAUAGGCAAGAACUCAAAUUAAGAGUGACCGGUCGAAUCUGGAAAGAAGAGUAAACGAAGCAACAAAGAACUGAUUGAAGAUUUGAUGUACAUAAGAAGAAGUCUCUCAUGUAGAGCUAAUGAUCAUAUGGAAGUAUGUUUUAAUGGAUUCUUUUCCAAUGGGGAUGAAGAUGAUGAUGAUUAUCUUCUAUGAUGAAUCAGUUUGGAGGGAGCCAUUGUUACCAUCUCUGUACUUUUUGGUUUCUUUUGUUGUUGGGUCUGUGUGGUUUCAGACAGGGAAUGUUGGAAAAGACACAUGAUUUUUGGCUAUGUUCUUGUUGUAAAACCAUGUCCGAAACAGUUUGGUGCAUUUUUUUUCUUUGUUUAAUGUUUACAGUGGUGAUUUUGAUGCAAGAACAUCACUGGAACCUUUGUAGAGCCUACAUGGCUACAUAGAUGUCAG